GUCGCAUGCUAUCUGUAGCAGGAACAAUACUAUUAUCAAUAGUAUUGAUAGGACAGGCAUACUAUCAAUUAACAGAUGUGCAUGCAAAACGCUUGAUCAACACAUCAUCAACUUGAAGAUGUUCUGUUCCAAACUUGGGAGCCACUACAAAGCCAUGACAAGCCCUCUGCACAAUUUUUUCAAGAUCUGGACCAUGAUUAACGAAUCUGUUAGAGGCUAUCUUAGAGCCCGUUCACAUGCCAUAUGCUGCAAGCUUGAGCCACGCAUGAAGCUCUAGAGAUGAUCAUUUAAUGCAAGCUUGCACACAAUGAUCAGACAUCGUGAUCGCGUAGCUACACACGAUUCAAUCAUUGAUCUCCGGCACUGCGUGCAAGCGCCACUGCAGUCUACUUCACAUUUGUAAUUUGAAUGCAGGCCUACUGCGUGUGCAUUGGAGUGAUAUUGCAGUUGCAUCCGGCAGAUCCAAGCGCCACUCCACUGGCAGGGAUAGCCGCCCCGCAAUACAUGUGCAAUGCAGCUUGCCAAACAGCCCCUUGGGCUACUGGGUCCCACCAGAUCUGGCGGAUUACCUGGACUGCAAACUCUGCGGUCACCCAUGCAGGCCAGUCGCUGCAACGCGACUUGUUCCAGUUCAACGCACGGUCCUCCAAAGCUGUCUAUAAGUGCCAAGCCUGUGAAGGCUAGCCUAGCGCUAGACAGCAAUGCCAUCAAGUCGCAAGCAUUUGCUCACCAAACACUCAGCUCAUCAGUUUAACACCGACAGAUCCUGGAGUUCGUUUAGAGUGGCUGCUUUGAAUGGCAU